AGCGAGCGCAAGCUGUCGCUCCUACGUAAGCGUGACGUCACCCGCCUGGCCUACUUAAACUCGUCACUAUAGGCAAUAAACGUUGUUCGACCCAUGACAUCGUCUCGUACACAUGGUGGCAGCGGAAAACAGCCAGCAUGACGACACCGCCUGCAUUGCCGACAACGCUCCUGCCGCCUCCGAAGCCCCUCGACACAUCGCGAGACGCUUGGCUUGGGUGGAAGACCUGGAAAAGUGAGUUUGAACUGUUUUCCACGGCAACUCAGCUGAACAAGCAACCAAAAGAAGUGCAGGCGGCGACGCUUUUAGUGACCAUUGGGGAAGAGGCUAGAAAAGUGUUCGCUUCGUUCAAGUUUGAGCCAGGAGAGGACACAACCGAUGUAACCCUUAUAAUAAAAAAUUUGAAGACUUCUACCAGCCCGCGAAGAACCUCACUUACCACGAGUUUUGCUUCGGCUCCCGAGACCAAAAAGAGGACGAAAGCUUCAAUGACUGGCUUGUCGAAUUGCGAACGCUAGCCCAACACUGCGAUUUUGGAGACUUAGAAGAGCGCAUGCUUCGUAGUCGCAUCAUACUCGGUAUCCGGGACAAGGGACUGCAAAAGAAGUUAAUUUCUGAAAACCCCUCUUACCAAAGAGUAGUCGAAAUCUGUCGCAUCCAAGAGCAAGGCGAGGAGCAGUUUCGACAGAUACGUGGCACCACUGAAGGCGCUGAAACUGCAGCUGUAAAUGCGUUGGCCAGAGUAACAAAGCCAUGUAACAAAUGUGGCUACAAAGUUCACCGCGGCAGCCGCUGCCCAGCAACAGGAAAAGCGUGCAAGAAAUGCGGAGGAUUGAAUCAUUUCGCCCAAGCAUGCUCACAGUCAUCCUUCUUGCACAGCGAAGAUGCAAAGCGCAGGGAAAUACGAGAGCUACAUGUUGACGAAAGGUCAGAUUUUUUUCUGGACGCUUUAACUGUGAACGCACUCGCUAGCGACCAGUGGACCGCGACAGUUUCCAUUGAAGGCCGUCCGAUGGUCUGCAAACUUGAUACUGGGGCAAACUGUUGUGUGAUUUCAAAGGAAGAUGUUUUGUCGCUUCCGAGAAAGACUCGUGAAGCCUGCCGAGCCACGUUAACGAGUUUUUUCGGCCACAAAACGACUGCGCAGUUUAAAGUAAAGUUGUCGCUAUCCGUGAACGAUAAACAGCACGAUGAAACCUUCUUCGUCAUUGAGCAAAACGUGCCGGUGACCCUCAGCGGAGCAGCAGCAGAAAGCCUUGGCUUGAUUUAUCGCGUUGAUAGCGUCGAGACGCAGCAACUCUACCCGGCGGCUCAGCCCUUCACCGAUGUUUUCACAGGAUUGGGACAGCUGAAAAAUUUUGAGUACGAAAUGAAGCUCAAACCCGGCGCCGUCGGUGUUGUUGUGCCAGCCAGAAGGGUUCCGGUCGCCAUUGAAGAAAAAGUAAAGGCCGAACUUCAACGCAUGGAGGAGCACAACGUCAUAACCAAGGUAACCGAACCAACAGAAUGGUCAAGCUAUAUGGUAGCCGUAGUUAAAGGUGAUAAAGUAAGAAUUUGUCUCGACCCAACGGAGCUUAACAAGGUUAUUCUGCGGGAACACUACCCUAUGCCUGUUCUAGAAGAGGUCGCGCAACGACUAGCUGGAGCUAAAUAUUUUUCUACCUUGGACGCAACAUCCGGGUUCUGGCAAAUAAAACUUUCUGACAGCAGCUCCAGAUUGUGCACAAUGAGCACGCCCUACGGGCGCUAUCGGUUUAUCCGCAUGCCUUUUGGAAUUGCUUCCGCCCCGGAAAUAUUUCAAGCAGCCAUGCACCGCCUCUUGGAGGGCCUGUCUGGAGUAGCGGUUGUAAUGGACGACAUAUUAGUCUGGGGCACAACGAAGGAAGAACAUGACAACAACUUGACCGGGGUGCUUGCACGCUGCCGUGAGCACAACCUCCGUCUGAACUCACAGAAAUGUGUCUUUUUGCAGGAGCAAGUUCGCUACUUGGGACACGUUUUCACCACGCAAGGACUGAGCCUGGGACCCGAUCGCGUCCAAGCCAUUUUGGACAUGCCAGCGCCAAGUAACACUUCUGAGCGUCGCCUCGAGGAACUACGUGUGGCAACCGCCAAGGAUCCUGCUCUGUCGACCAUCCGAUCCUAUGCCGAGACUGACUGGCCGGAAAACAAAGAGGACGUCCCAGCAUGUGCCAGGCCAUUUUGGGCGUAUCGAGAAGAGAUGCAUACACAAGAUGGCCUCGUCUUUCGCAGCAACAAGGUAACCGUACCAAGCGCUAAGAGAGCUGAAAUCCUUCGGCUUCUUCAUCUGGCCCACUCGGGGGCGGAAAAGAUGAAAAUUCGGGCUAGGAGUGUCAUGUUUUGGCCAUCCAUGUCGAGUGACAUUGACCAGGUUGCAGCAUCAUGCAAAGUUUGCCAGGCUCACCAAAAGCAAAACACUAAGAUGCCUCUACUGUCGCAUGAUGUCCCCAGUCUGCCAUGGGAAAUGGUUGGCAUGGACUUAUUCCAUCACGGUGGUAAAGAGUUUGCCUUAAUUGUAGACUUCUACUCCUUUUAUUUUGAAAUAAAGGAGUUUCGAUACACAACAGCCCGGCACUUGAAGGAGUGGUGCGCGAAAGUUUUCUCUGUCCACGGCUUACCAGUGAAGCUCUGUAGUGACAACGGACCCCCUUUUAGUAGCCAAGAGUUCCGUGAAUUUCUGCAUGAACUAGGAGUCACCCAAGUGACGUCAAGCCCUUAUCACCCUCGCGCAAAUGGCAUGGCCGAAAGGGCAGUUCAAGAAGCGAAAACGCUGCUGAAGAAGUGUUCGUAUAACAGCCCAGACUUCCAUUUAGCUCUGCUUGAGUUGCGCAAUACUCCACGUGAUGCUAUUCUGAUGUCACCUGUGCAGAGGCUGAUGGGUCGACAGACGAGAACACUGCUCCCGGUUCCCUCCUGCCACCUGAAGCCGGCACCAUUGCCCAGCAGGAAGGUGCACUCCCGUCUCCAGGAGAUUCGCCACAAGCAGAAGGUCUACUACAAUCGAGGUGCUCGGGACCUGCGCGCCCUCUCACCGGGUCAGAGGGCCUCGUUGUACGACACGCACACACGGACGUGGUCCCCGGUCGUUGUGCUGGGAUCAGCGGGAGCUCCACGCUCCGUACUGGUAAAAACAGAAGAUGGCCGAGAAAUGCGACGCACACGGGAACAUCUCCGGGAGGUUCCAGAGCUACCAUGCCCCGACACUACCACAACUCCUUCCUCAGGCUUGCCAGGCUCGGGACCCGUUCCAGAGCCGCCACUACCACGGAGAAGCACUCGGGAACGUCGCGAGCCUCGUCGGUACCCCAUGCCAGAGCGACCUAUAUUGCCCCAAGGAAAGGAAGAUGUAACCGAGUUGGCACGGCCGCGAUAGCGAGCGCAAGCUGUCGCUCCUACGUAAGCGUGACGUCACCCGCCUGGCCUACUUAAACUCGUCACUAUAGGCAAUAAACGUUGUUCGACCCAUGA